UCCUCCCUCCCUCCGCCUCCCGCGCGCCCCGGCCGGGCAUGGAGUACUUCAUGGUGCCCGCGCAGAAGGUGCCGUCGCUGCAGCACUUCAGGAAAUCCGAGAAGGAGGUGAUCGGCGGGCUGUGCAGCCUGGCCAACAUCCCGCUGACCCCAGAGACGCAGAGGGACCAGGAGCGGCGGAUACGCAGGGAGAUCGCCAACAGCAAUGAGCGGCGCCGCAUGCAAAGCAUCAACGCAGGGUUCCAGUCGCUGAAGACCCUCAUCCCACACACGGAUGGGGAGAAGCUCAGCAAGGCAGCGAUUCUCCAGCAGACGGCAGAGUACAUCUUCUCUUUGGAACAGGAGAAAACACGUUUGCUGCAGCAGAACGCCCAGCUCAAGAGGUUCAUCCAGGAGUUCAGCGGCUCCUCCCCAAAGCGGCGGAGGGCGGAGGACAAAGACGAGGGCAUCGGGUCCCCAGACAUCUGGGAGGAUGAGAAGGCCGAGGACCUCCGCCGGGAGAUGAUUGAGCUGCGCCAACAGCUGGACAAGGAGCGCUCUGUCCGCCUGAUGCUGGAGGAGCAGGUGCGCUCCUUAGAGGCCCACAUGUACCCCGAGAAGCUGAAGGUGAUUGCACAGCAGGUUCAGCUCCAGCAGCAGCAGCAGCAGGAACAGGUGAGGCUCCUGCGCCAGGAGACACCUGAGCACCAGCAGCAGGGCCGCCCCCAGCUCUUGUCGGCACACGGCCCCCCAGCCCCCACCCACCACCCGACUGUGAUCGUGCCUGCACCGCUGCCACCCUCUCACCAUGUCACUGUGGUAACCAUGGGCCCGUCCUCCGUGAUCAACACUAUCUCCACAUCCAGGCAGAAUCUGGAUACCAUCGUUCAGGCAAUCCAGCACAUCGAGGGGACACAGGAGAAGCGGCUGCUGGAGGAGGAAGAGGAGGAGGAGCGCCGUCGUGCCGUCAUCGUGACCCCUGCGCGGACCGGCCUGGAGCCCUCCAACUCAGACACGGCCUCCGACUCUGAGGCGGACGACAGCGACUCCAUGGAGCACAGCAAGGCCGAGAUGCCCUGACCCCCACCUGGCUGCGGGGGGCGGGCAGGCGGGCAGGGUGUGGGUGAGGGGACUUCGGAGAAACUUGCGCUGAAUUUUUUUUACAAAAUACCAUGGAAUUUGGGUCUCUUUUAUGACCUUUCGAUACUGUAAACGGGAGCGUUAGGACCUGCAGGGGCCGAAUCCUUGCCCUCUUCAAAGCCAACGGGGAGGGGGGCGGAGGGGAGGGGGCAGCAGCGCAGUGGUUUUCAGAGUGCCUGGCCUGCAUGCGACUGUGGGCCAGAUCUGGAACUCGGAGCCCCAAAUACUCGGGGGGAACGGUCAUAUAAAUUGCCUGCGGCCAUGCAGAGUGGCGGGUGUCCCCCAUCUCCUGGCACCCUCCUAGGCCCUGCUGGGUUGCCUUGCCUCCCCGGUUGUCCCCCCCCCCAAAUCUCUGGGAUAGACUUCUCUGGGCCUCCUGUUUCCUCCCUGCUGGUUGGCCUUGCAAGGGCCCCUCGAGGACUGCCUCCUCACGAGCUGUGCCCGGGGCUCGGCUCCUCGGCAUCACCCCCCGGGGAGGCAAAAGGGCCCGAGGGGGCGAUGGAAGGUCUGCCCAUAGCAGGGCCGGUGCCCACGCUGCCACCCCGCGGGCCCCUGCCUGCAGCCCCCUCCUGCAUCACGGGACGGCGGGCUUCCCUCCGUUCUCAGGGGGCCAGUUCAGGUUUUUGGCCUUAGCUGCAGUCUGGGUGGGGGGGGGUGUUCCUUUUCAAAGAUGGCGCCGUUUCUGAGGGGUGGGCCGCAGCCUGCCACGUUGGCCACUUUUGGCUCCCCCCCACCCCCCGUGGCUUCUUUCCUCCUUUUUUUCGAAGCACUUAAUCUGUUCCGUGGGUCCGACUGGGUCAUGAGGGCGUGCGUGUUCUGUGAUCGCUGCUUUUUGUUGCGUCCUUCCCCGUCCCCCCCCCCAGCUCCCCCCAAUUUGGCUAGAGGCCUAGGCCAGUGUUGUUUAGGGCUGUUGGUAUUUGGUAGGUUCCUCCCCAGCCGCAGCUGUUCCUCAGCUCUUUCAUUUUUUUAUAUGGUUUUUCUGUUUUGUUUUUGUUCCAUUUUUCUCUUUUUUUACAGUUUUCGGGUCUUCGUGUUCAUUGAGAUGCUAUUAUAUUUUGUUAAGAAAGUGGGAAAAAUGAGGCUUGUGCCUUUGUAAAGAAACAAAAUAAAGUUUGUACUUUGUUUUUUAGA